AUGCAAUUUGAUAAAAAUGGAAAAGCUGUUAAACAAUACAUUGGAGAAGGUGAAAAUGGUCCAAUUAAUUCAUACCGUUAUAAUCCAUAUUCUUAUUUCAAUGAAGAAUUAAAUGCUAUUGAAGAGGGACCGGAUGGAUUACCACGAUAUUCUAACCAGUUUGAUGGUCAAUAUGCAAAUAUUAGACCUGAAAUUUCAGCUAAGAAAUUCUUUAAAGUUGCUUUAUUCGAUCCAGUUUUCGCAAAUGUUAAAGAUGAACUUAAACAGCAAUUCCAACCAAUUAUAGUAGCAAGAAUUGCAUCAGGUGCUUUAUCUCAAGCAUUCAAAGAUUAA